AUGAUAAGAUACACAAAGAGCCUAAAACCUUUACAACCACUAAGAGCUUUGACUCCUGGUUCAAAUGAUGCUAGUGCCGCUGAAGAUGCCAGUACAACAAUUUUAACUGAUAAGAGAGAUGCCAGUACAGUUGUUUCCACUUUUGAUGAUGCUACAAAGAGAGCUACUUGGCUAACUGCCCUUGCUGAAAGAAAAAGUCAAUUGGCUCAAGGUAAAGUUAUUGAUUCAUUUGCUUAUAAUACUCCUCAAACACCAGUUAUCUCAGAUAAGACAAGAUCUGAAUCUUUUAGUUAUUUAACUUUAAACUUCAAAGAAGAUAUUUGGUUAACUGACUUCUAUGUUAAUGCUGCUGGUAGAUUACGUAUGGGUCAAAUUUUCCAAGACCUUGAUGCUUUAGCUGGUAGAAUUAGUUAUAGAUUCGUUAGUCCAGCUGCUCCAAUUAUCGUUACUGCUCAAGUUAGUCGUAUUUAUAUGUUGAAAAGAGUUGAUGAAAUUGAAAAUAAGAAUUUCAUUUUAUCAGGUUCAGUCGUUUGGACAGGGAGAUCUUCAAUGGAAAUUCUGAUUAAAGCUUCAACUACUGAAAGUUCAAUAAAGAAAGAUUUGAAAGAAGAAGAUAUUAAAGAUGAUGAUGUGUUUUUAACUGCUAGCUUUACUUUUGUCGCAAGAAAUCCGGAAACUCAUAAAUCUUUCCCAAUCAAUAGACUAUUGCCAAUUACUGAAAAAGAAUGGAUUGAUUAUAGAAGAGCUGAAUCUCAAAAUGCUGCAAAGAAAUUAGCAAAAGUUAAUGAAUCACUUGAUAAAAGACCACCAACUUCUGAAGAGUCUCAAUUAAUUCAUAAAAUGUUCUUAACCUCAAAAGAAUUGGCCAAUUACAACCCGUUACCUAAAAACGUUUCAUUUAUGAAAGAUACUUUAACCCAAUCAACUUCUUUUAUGCAACCUCAAUACAGAAACAGACAUUCUUACAUGAUCUUUGGUGGUUAUUUGAUGAGACAAACAUUUGAAUUGGCUUAUUGUACUGCUGCUUCAUUUUCUUGUGCCUUCCCAAGAUUUGUUUCCUUAGAUUCAACCACUUUUAAAGCUCCAGUUCCAGUUGGUUCUGUUUUGUUCAUGAACUCCACCGUUGUUUAUACUGAACAUAUUCAUGAGGAAGAUGUUGUUCCAAAAGAUGACUUGAAAGCUAAGAUUUUUGAUAAGGAUAGUUUCUUACAUUUUGAUGCUGUUCCAACAAACAAAAUAAGUAGAAAUCCAGAUGAUUUCUUGAAUAGACCAGGUACUUUGAUUCAAGUUAAAGUUGAUACUUCUGUUAAAGCAUUGAACGAUCCAAAACAAACACCAUCAGGUUCAUUCGUCUAUUCAUUCUUUGUUCCAAAAGAUUCAACUGAAGAUAGUAUUCCAGAUCCUGGAUUCUCUUCAGUUAUUCCUGAAACUUAUUCAGAAAUGAUUGAAUUCAUUGAAGGUAGAAGAAGAGCUCUAGAAACUGCUCGUUAUGCUCAACAAAUCAAAGAGAUCAAUUAAUUUAUUAUUUAAUUCAAGUUAUUUACAUAUUCACACAAUAUAAUUAAUAGAGAAAACAGGUACAUGUAGUUAAAAUAUUUCAUUAUUUAAUUAACAUUAUACAAAAUGACUAUAGUCCAUUACUUUUUUCUCUCC